GCCGGGCCCAUGAUUGAUUGCGAAGAGAGGUUCAGAAAGGUUAAGGGCAAAAGCCUUGCGCCUGCCUGCCUCCUCUUUCUCGACCGCUCUGCUCAACCUCCUCCCAUCACCACCGAGGAACAAAACCAUUCCCCCCCCGUCGAGGCUGGACUGGGUCUUCGUUUCUGUUCCCUCUCUUUUCCCUCUCUCCCUCGGUCACGAUCCUCAUCGUCCACCGACCUCCCUACCCCAGCGCUUUCUGCCUUCUUGUCCUCUCCUGUGUCUCUCGUCUUUUCCGACCCCCUCCACCCUUGGGCCAGCCUCUUUGUUGCGCCCGCCGCCUCCUCAUCGUCGACAAGCUUCCUGGACUAGCUGCUGCAAGGUACGAAGACCGGGCGAACAGGACGCGAGAGAUAGGCGGAACUCACGCGGCAGCAAUUCACUGGCUUCCUCCUGUGCAUUCGUCUCAGCAUCAUACCAGCCACGCCUCGUACUCUGUACAGCCAUAUCGUACCGCACGCAUCGUUCAACGACGUUUGGACCACCGCAGAGCUCCAUUGGCGACAGAGGCAGUCAUCGAUUCAAGCCGUAGCCUCGACCUAGUGGCCUGACGCUCUCGACAUCCCGAGCCCCGUUCCCACCUCGACCGACCUCGUGCAUCAGCCUGCUUCGGCGUCUGCGUCUGCGUCUUGCUGCACGUUGAACAGCUGCUGCGAACACGCGCCGUGCGUUCGAUCGCUCCUCAGCCCUGCCUUACCUGCCUGUUCACGCUCUUUCGUGCACACUUUCACAGCUGCAGCCCCCUCAGCCUUUCCGCGGCUCGCCAGUCUGCUCGUCUUGCUCGACCGUCCCAUGUAGCGACUCGAGCCUGUUUGGUUUUUGAUGCCCUGUUACGAUUAACACGCCUCCUCGACGAGCACCUGCUGAAGAAAGAAAGUUUUGCUGUGAAGCGAAGUAACGCUCUCACCUUUGUUUUGCCAUUCUGUUCAAGCCAACUCAAGGAUCGUUUUGGCAGUCUUUACUGCCUCGUUCAAGCCACAGACGAAGAUUCGGCGUGGCUCAUCCUGAUUUUGUCUCCAGGACUCUUGAACAAGGUUUUGCCUGCGGCGAGCACUUGUCAUCGGCGGAGAAUCCAGGCUCUGUUGCCCCAAAUCCAGGGUGGAGUGAAAACUUUGGAUAUCUGAACCUGCGCCCGACUUCGGAAGCGCAUGCCAGCAUCUCAUCAGACCCUCUCGCAGCUCGAUCGUCCGCUCCUCAGCGCGCGUCUUUUAUGAGUGUCGACAGAUUGCCGUCUCUCCCCCUCCCUCUGCCGAGCCAGGCAUACUCGUCGGGAACCUCUUCGCCGCGGCUCAGCUCCAUUGCUUCUUCAAACGGCUCGCACGCAGGCUCCUUGUCCUCGUACACGUCGGCUGCGUCGUCAAACGGACCCAAGACUCCGUCGCCCACCCUCCCGAUCAACGCCAUCACGGGGCCGCCCACGACAAUUGUGAGCUACGACGCCAUGAAUCAGGCCGCCGACAUGUAUUACCCCCAGCACAUGUCUGCUGGUCAGGCACCGCCUCCGCAGACGGUCACGUCGGGGACCAUGACCCACUACCAGCACCAUCAGCCGACUUUACUGCAACCUGGUCCUGCCCAGUACUCCAAUGCGGCACAAUACCCUCAGUAUGGCUACGCCAAUGGCUUGACAUCGCCGCCGGCCGCGCCGCCUGUGUCUAACAUGGGCCAGCCGCAGAACGUGCUGCCUCUGCCCGGAGUUCCCGGGCAGCAAAACAUGGGCAACCAAUAUGCCGGAUUCGACACCUCGGGCCAGCAGCCUCCACCAGGCAUGAAACCCCGGGUUACCGCUACUCUGUGGGAGGACGAGGGGAGCCUUUGCUUCCAGGUUGAAGCCCGCGGAAUCUGUGUCGCUCGUCGCGAAGACAACCACAUGAUCAAUGGUACCAAGCUGUUAAAUGUGGCAGGCAUGACGCGAGGUCGACGUGACGGUAUUUUGAAGAGCGAGAAGGUCCGCCAUGUUGUCAAAAUUGGCCCAAUGCAUUUGAAGGGUGUCUGGAUCCCCUAUGAACGUGCCUUGGACUUUGCCAAUAAGGAAAAGAUCACAGAGAUGUUGUACCCGCUCUUUGUUCACAACAUCGGCGCGCUCCUCUACCAUCCGACAAACCAGAGCAGAACGACGCAAGUCAUGGCUGCUGCUGAGCGCAGGAAACAGGAGCAAGGCCAGAUGCGUAACCCUCCGCCUGGCCUCCCGUCGAUUGGACAGCACCAUCACCACUCCAUGGCCCUUCCCGGCCCGCAAACAUCGCUCCCGUCGCAAAACAACAUGACGCGCCCGCCGCUUGACCGUGCUCAUACGUUUCCCACGCCUCCCACUAGUGCUUCAAGCGUUAUGGGAGCCAUGGGCCCGUCAGAAGGUUUCAACUGGCAAGGGCAGGGCAUGAAUGGCACGCAAGCUACGACGCCGCCUGGCAACUCAAUGUCGAGCAUGCAGCCGUAUUCGUCUGCCGCUCAGGGUUACGAUGGCUCGCGUCAGCUGUACACCGCUCCGGCGUCACAGCAGUCUCCGUACCAGAGCACCACGAAUGGUGCUCAAGAUCGCUUGUACGCGCAGCCCGGAUCGUACCCCAAGAGCGAGAUGGCGCCUCCGUCGAACCGAGCUGCUGCUGGUGGCCACCCGGGCGACCAGCAUGACAGCAAGCCACCCAAUGGCAUCAUGUCGUCGGAGCAAGGUGCCCAGCACCAAACUGCGGACGAUGAGCCAGAUCAUGAGCACGACCCCGAGUACACUCAUGAUAGCGGGGCCUAUGAUGCCUCGCGGACUUCGUACAACUACACGGCUCCGGGAGUAGGUUCCUUGGUAAACGAUGGCAACAUGCCCUCGGAUAUGACUGGAUCGCCCAGCCAUCCUCCGGCCUCUGGGCGUGCCACGCCCAGAACUGCGGCCCCCCACCAGCCGUACUACCCCCAACAUCCGGGAUACAGCACGCCUCCUCGCAUUCAGUCGUCGAGUAACCUGUACAAUGUGAUGACGAAUGAUCGCGCACCUGCCAAUGGCGCCCCGGGCGGUGAUGUUUACGCCCCCCAACCAGACAUGACCAACUCGAUGGCCAAUGGCUAUGCGGCCCAGGCUCCAGUCAUGAACGGCUCUGGCGGCAUGAAGAGGGGCCGCGAGGACGACGACGAUUUGAGGUCAAACGACGGCCCAGGAGGCAUGGGUCUUGACCUCAAGCGACGGAAGACGAUGAUGGAGACUUCAGUCCCCGCUCCGGCGUACGAUGCCCUGAACCGACCAGCCUCGGCCGUCGCCGGACCGCCGAGGCGGUAAGGGCCACCCUCGCGGCACAUCUGGGUGGGGCGAUGCCCUCGCCUGGAACAAAGCUGGUCGCACUUUACAAGUCUCUUUGUUAUAUUUGAUUGUUUUCUUUGGCUUUGUUCUUGUACACGCGAACGACUCAUCGGCAACCUUCCUCGCAUCAGAGACACGUUGACGAGACACGACCAAACCGAUUCUAUGUUAUUUGAGAUGCCCGGUCAUGUAUGUACAUGGCUGAUGAGUCACGCUUUGCACGGACGGACGGACUUAAUUCUUGGGAGCGCAGGGUUUGACUGACUGCGAGGACUCCACGGUUGAAUUCUGGCCGAUUUUGGCAGCAAACGACACGAGUGCAGAGGAAGUAAAAGCACCAUAGGCCUGUUACGACACUCAGGCGGGAAACGACGAGUUGAUGGCCGACCUCGCGACUAGCCUUGCGCUUUUUCUUCUUCUAAAGGUUCGAGCUCUCUCGAGGGGGAGACGUGUUUGGAAACGACAGAGGUAUCGGGGAGGGCCCCGAUGAUGACUUUAUGACAGUGUUUUUUCUCCGUUUGGUUGUCGCCAUCUGUUAAACAGCGCCAAGAUGGUGUACUUGGACACGGUGCGUUAUCAGGUAACGACUUUAUGAGAUGACCAAUAAAAGUGAUUGAAGGCUAGC